GCUGUCUUGUGGAGUUCCUGGUCGAGAUUGACACCUGCUUCAUUCAGGAUGACCUCAAGGAAGAGCAGUGAGGGAUGUAGAAUAUGUGGAGGGGACCUGCAGGGCAACCAGAGGCGAUGGCUGUUUGCAGCUCAGCAUAGGAGAAGAGGGAGGCCCCAAACCCCAACAGGGUCCUUAUCCAGGGGAGUUCUCCCCAGUUCUGCCCACAGCAGCCCCUGGGGCAGUACCUUGUCACUGAGCUCCUCUCACUCUCUCUCCAAGUCGCGCACCCUCCCCACCACCAAUAAAGACCUGGAUCUGCUUUCAAUACUGACACAUAUCUUAGGGCAGGAUGUGCCCAGAGGUGGCAGCCAAAUGGAUUUCAUAUGUGGUAAAUGUGCGUCUGUGCUGGAGCGAGUGUUUAAGUUUGACACUGUCAUUGCCAGAGUUAGAGCCCUGUCCACAGAGAGACUUCAGAAGCUCACCCUAGAGAGAGAUAAGAUAAGACAGUGGGUCCGCAGCUCGUUCAGACGGUCUAACCCAGGCUUUGGGGUGAAGGGAAGCUCCAGUGAAGAUGACUGGGAGGCAGGAGGAGAGAGAGGAGGAUCUGCAUUUGAGGGCUACAGAGAAAUGCUUAGAGACAACAUGGCACUGUCCGAGUUUGAGUGGUGGUCUGAAAAAUCCAAUUCAUGCCCACAUUUUAAGAAAACGGGUAAAAGAUGCAAAAAGGGGAAAAACUGCGAGGGGUGUGACUACCUACGAGUGUCAGACUCUGACUAUGAAUCUGUGUGUGGUGUUCCUCGUCACCUUCCCGACCAAGCUUUCUCCCCAUUGGCCCUGUCUAGGGAUAAGUCCCGCAGCAUGCCUCUUCAUUGGUCAAGAGCACCGUCGCUCAGCGGUAGUGCUAUUUCUGCAACUGGUUCAACUGUCUCAUUACAUGGGCCAUCUCGUACUAACUCUGUCCAGUCAGUGGAUUUAGUUGACGGCCUCGAUCCAUUUGAUUGGCCAGAGGAGCAGUCCUUUGACUUCGAUAUAGUUCUUCGAGAGAUGAAAAACAUUGGGAUAAAGCCACUGAGUUCACCUGCAGGAAGUCGCAUCCCGGUUUUGGGCAGGAGAGGGCAAAAUGGUGUCGAUGCAGGCGUGUCACCCAGGGCGGGUGUAGUUAGGGUGCUGAGUUACGGAGAGGAGGAUGGGAGGAUGGAAGUUGGGUUGGACGGAGAGAGUGAAGACAUGCUGACCGAACUGAGAGACGAGUUCCUUCCUCUUCAGAGACAGGUCACCAGAGGCAGAGGGCACCAUGCGGUUAGACAAUUACGUGAACAGCUGGAACAAGCUCAUUCCCGCAUCAGGGUCCUGGAAGCAAAGCUAAAGGAGGAGACCAAACCUGUCACAAAUGGUUCCAGUCAGCCAGCUUACCCUGCAGAGUUUCCGCGGGUAAACACAGAGAAUGAGAGUGAACUAAUGCGUAACAUGAGUCGGUCGCUUCACAGCAGAGAGAAAGUCAUCCAGGAAUGCGUUACUUUGAUCAGUAAAUUCUGUUCAGAAGUGGGGGCAGGAACUGAGGAGACAGAUAAACUGGUGAAAAGUUUGCUGGUAAAUGCACAACCUGACAACAAGGGUGUGGUGGAUGCACAGCUGGUGGAGCUGAGAGAGCAAGAGCAGGAGAUGAGGAAGGAGUUGGAGAUGUUGAGGCAGGCUGCAGCAGACAGGGAGAGAGACCUGAACACACUUAACACCGUUCUACAGUGCAACCAGGAUGUCAUCAAUGAGCUGCGUGUGGAGCUGGCAACGCGAGAACGAGACCAGAAGGAGCUGCUGAAAGAAAGGGAGGCGUGGAGAGACCGAGACCAGGCCUUGGCAGCCGUGCUUCGUGAGAGGGACACACUCAUCCUCCAUCUGAAAGAGAAACUACAGAGCUCCCAGAAAGAUGUGCAGGCCCUUUCAGACUCUGUGAUAGGCCAGGGGGUAUCAGGGGGUGGAGCAGAAGCUGCUCUGGCCAGACAGCUGCAAGAAAAAGAUGCUCUGUUGACAGCAUGGCUCAAAGAGAGGGAAGAGCAAGGCACCAUUGUAAAACAGGAGGUGUCUAAGCUCUCCACAGCCCUGGAGGAGGCACAGACAACGCUUCAGGACCAAAGACAGAAUCAUGCACAGGCCAUCUCUGCACUAACAGACCAACUCAGACAGGCACAGAAUCAACUGAAGGAGAGAGCAAAACAAAAGAGAGAGGCUGAGCAAGCAUGGAGAACUGAGAAACGUGAGAGAGAGGAAACAGAGAGAACGUUAAAUGACAGUCUGCUGAAGAGGAAUGAGCUUAUAGAGCAAAUCCUUUCAGAUUCAGAGGUGCGUGAUAGCAUGCUGACAGAGCUGCAGCACAACAUUUUCAGCAAACUGGAACCAAGGACUGCCCUGAAACACACUCUGUAAAACUGUUCCCAUCAUCUCUCUGGCAUGUGUGUGUGUGUGUAUGUGUGUCAUAUGUAUGUGUGUGGAUCGGAAAGAGAGCAGUUAAUAGAUACUGGAGAUACUGCCCUCGUUACACUGAGAAUGCUCUUCACUGAUGAUGUCGGUGAAGUGCACUGUGAUUAGCAGUGCCCAACCAUUAGCAUCAUCACUCCUUUCUUACCGACGGCAACUGACUGUAGAAGUUAUCAUUAGCACUUUGAUUUCACAGGUUUACUUUCCAUAUAAAGUCUCAAAUUAUUGACAAAUGGAAUGUUUAUGAGAUCUCUCUCCCUUUUUCGUAUUUAAAUGUCUGUCUAUAACAAAUUGAUCUUGAUUUCUUGUCAGCAUUGGCUAACAGUCUGUAUAAUCAGAGAGGAUUUGGGUUUGACCUGCUCUUAUUUGACCUAUAGUGACUUUUCUUCCAACAGGAGCAGUAGUGUGCUACUUUCAUCUCAGUUAUUUUGGAGUUCACGUAUUAUACUGUAUAUCAUAGUCUCAUCUAUCAUAGCUGUCAUACUCAGAGUUUACUCAUAGAGAUACCUGGCCAUGGCAUUUCAAAUCACUCUGAUCCACAAGCAUCAAUACAAAACAGUACCAAUACAGCAGAAUACAGUACCGAUACAAUAUCAAUACAACAGAAUGUAAUACCAGUGGAAUACAGCACCAGUACCACAGGCUGCCUUUAAAACUGUCUCAUUGCCCCGUGUAGGAGACUGUACAGGCCUGAGACUGAAGCACAGUGCCUUCCAUGUUUACUGAGUCAUAUAAUAGGCUAUGGAAUGAGAUGUUUGUCACUCAUCAGAUUUUUGUCGUAUGUUUGUAUAGAUGUCCUUUUCUUUGUGUUUGAAUU